CAGUGUGAUCGCCGAGAACGAAUCAUACAGAAACCUUGCCGAAAGAAACCUUGUCCUUCAUGGAAAUUAGGUUCUUGGAGUCCUUGCUCCGUAUCAUGCUUAGAUGGUUGGAUGACAAGGCGAGUGACAUGCGUAGAUGCAGAUGGGAAUGACAUUUCAAGUGAUCAAUGCUUGUCGCUUGGUGAAGCGCGUCCUCAAAGUCAUCAAACGUGCAACCAAGGACCUUGUCCAUUUUGGCGCACAUCAGAUUGGUCGAAGUGUUCUGUAUCUUGUGAUUCGGGGAUCAGAAACAGAAAUGUUGAAUGCAUAUAUCGCGAUCAGAUCGUUGAUGGUUCUUUUUGUACCGAAGCAAAACAACCGAAGCGAUUUGAACAGUGCAAUUUAUUACCUUGCCCUAUAUGGGAAGCAUUGCCAUGGUCGCAUUGCACAGUUACUUGUGGAACAGGAAAGCAGAUUCGUCUUGUCCAAUGCAUACGAGGAUCUGCUAGAACAGUUAUUGAUGACAAUGAAUGUGAUAAGUUAACAAAGCCAAAAACUGAGAAAAAAUGUGAACGUGAUACUUGCGAAUCGAUGUUACAAAACGUGAUUGAUCUGGCCACCACUGAUUCUCCAAGAAUUCGAUGGGCUGUUGGUUUAUGGUCAGACUGUUCUCGAACUUGUGGAAAUGGAACUCAACGUAGACUGGUCGUAUGUCGCGAUCAUAUUCGGGAUCUUCCUGACGCUUAUUGCCAACAUUUAGAAACAAUGGAAGCAAUGAGAUCUUGCAGAAUUAAGCCUUGCGUUCAGUGGUCAGUAGGACCCUGGAAGCCGUGUUCGGCUACAUGCGGGACUCAUGUAACAACAGAACGCUUGGUUCUUUGCGAAGUGAUUGAUUCAAUAAGCGAAACUGCGGAGGAAACUGACUGUGAUAUAUCAAGCCGUCCUGAAGCAAUCCGUUCCUGUAGCCUCAGUCCUUGCCCAAUGGGUGAACCUCCAUUAGGCCAUUGGCUAACUGGCAUUUGGGAUGAGUGUUCUGUGACAUGUGGUGGCGGUUGGCGCCGUCGUUUAGUUUCUUGCAGCACCGAGCAAUGCGAUGAGAAAAAAAAGCCCGAACAAUUUGAAAGAUGUAACAUAAAAAGAUGUGUGGAAAAACUUGCUGUGUGGCAGAUGUCACCGUGGAGCCAUUGUUCUGUAACUUGUGGUGGUGGUGCACAAAAGCGCAUAGUUUGGUGCGAAGAUGAACAAACUCGACAACGGCUUGCGGAUUCUGAUUGUCCUCUCGUCGAGAAACCAAAAAUUAGUCGUGAAUGUGCAACUCAAAAUUGCAAACUCUCAGUAAAAUCGGAUCACUAUAAAUGGCAUGCAGUUAAAUGGAGCCCGUGUUCAACAACAUGUGGUCGUGGAGUUCGCAAACGUAUUGUAACAUGCAUCAGUGCAUCAGCAGAUAUUGUUCCGGAUCAUUAUUGUGAUUCAGCAAAAAGACCUAUUGAUUCUCAUCGAUGCAGAAUGGCUCAUUGUCCAAGGUGGAGAACGAGUAGGUGGUCAAUGUGUUCUGUAACAUGUGGUGAAGGUGUACGAACUCGAUUAAUUUCUUGUCAAAAAGGGCGUCACACCAAAAUAUCCGAUAAUGAAUGUGCUUCUGUUUCAAAGCCGCCACAAACAUCUGUUUGCCAACUUGCUUCUUGCCCAGCUUAUCAUUGGGUAGCCACACCAUGGUCGAAGUGUUCUGAUCCAUGCAGAAAAUCUGAACAACAUCGUCGUGUUUACUGCAUUAAUAAUUUGGGUAAAAGAGCCACACCAAGAAUGUGUAGCAAUUUAUCUGCGCCACCAUCAGUACGAGAAUGUUCAACUUCAAAUUGUCCAUAUCAAUGGGUACCUGGUCCAUGGAGCACGUGCUCCAAAACCUGUGGUAGUGGUUAUCAAUUUCGCCGUUUGGAAUGUCGCAUCAAAAGUAAUUAUCGAAAUAAUAAGCAUAACAAUGGGCUGGAACCAAGUGUACAAUCAAGCAUUUGUAAUGGCUUAUCUCGGCCAACUGUAAGUAAGGAAUGUGCUAUAAAUCCAUGCGAUGCGAAAUAUCAUUGGUCAGUGGGUCCAUGGACUCAGUGUUCUGUGUCUUGUGGACUUGGUUUUCGACGUCGACGUGUGAAAUGUCUCGAUAAAGAUAACAAUCGAGUAACUCGCGAUGAAUGUGAACAAAACAAUCUUGAACGUCCAAAACGACGUGAAAGCUGCUUUUUACGAAACUGUUUACCUGGCGAUUGUGCUGAAUUAAAGACUUACAAUAAUGAUGUGGAAACGCAUGAUGGGGAUUAUGUCGUGCUCGUUGCUGGAUUCCAGAUAAAAGUAUAUUGCCAUCUAAUGAAUGAAACCAUCCCAAAAACUUAUAUUAAUUUGAAUAGCGAAAAUAAUUUCGCUGAAAUAUAUGGCAAACGGUAA